AUGUCUCCCGCAGCUUAUCCCACCCGUCAGCUUGGUCGUAAUGGUCCUACCGUCAGUGCGAUUGGCUUCGGAGCUAUGGGCAUCGGCGCCUUCUACGGGAAGACGGACCAAGACGAGGCUGUCAGAACACUCACGUAUGCUGCAGACCGCGGUGUGACCUUCUGGGACACCUCUGACAUCUAUGGAACCAGCCAGGCUGUUAUUGGGAAGUGGUUCGCGGAAACCGGCAGGCGCUCUGACAUUUUCCUGGCGACCAAGUUUGGCGCAAGGGAUUUGACCCCAGGUGCUGCAUCCCCGACAGCACCCAACAGCAAGCCCUCGUACAUCAAACGCCAACUUGAAAACUCGCUGAAGACACUGGGCACGGAUUGGAUUGACCUCUACUACCAGCAUCGCGUCGACCCAAACGUUCCCAUCGAAGUCGUUCUUGAGACCCUGCGUCCCUAUGUCGACAGUGGAAAGGUCAAAUAUAUUGGCCUGAGCGAAUGCAGUAUCGAUGUGUUGAAGCGUGCGAGGGGUGUUCCCGGAGUGGGUGAGAAGGUCAUCGCGUGCCAGAUGGAGUUCAGUCCCUUUGAAUUGGACAUCGAGAAGACUGGCUUUGUCGCUGCUGCUCGAGAGCUCGGAGUCAGUAUCGUUGCAUACUCUCCUCUUGGCCGAGGCAUGAUCACCGGACGCUACAAGUCUCGUGCAGAAUUCGACCCAGACGACUUCCGCCAGAGUCUUCCUCGCUUUUCUGACGAAAAUUUCCCCAAAAACUUAGCUUUAGUAGAGGAGUUCCGCACCGUCGCCGUCAAGUAUGAAGCUACCCCCGGACAGAUCGCCCUUGCUUGGAUUCUUGCUGAACACCCCGACUUCGUGCCCAUUCCUGGCACACGGUCUGUGGCUCUGCUAGAGGAGAAUGCGAAAGCGGCAGAAAUCCAGCUCGCUCCCGAUGAUGUAAAAGAACUUCGCGCGGCAGUUGAAGAGGCGGACAUACAGGGAUCGCGCUACGCCGAAGUCUACCUCAGUUCAAUUAUGAAGCAUGACUGCAUUGCAUUAAGUGAGUGGAAGGGCGAAUAA